CGUAGUAGGUUCGUCCGGUCAGCGCGGAGUCGUCGGCGGCGGCAGAGUGAGUGGAGCUCGAUUCAGCUGUUUGUGGUUGAAGAUGGCGGCGUGUAGACGUGUUCAGCUGCUGCUGCUCCUCAUGUCUCUCUGCCUUCUCAGCGUACGGUCUCUUAAACCUCUUCCAGGUUUCGGGAAUGUCCAUCCUCCGGCUGCCGCCAUGCACCAGCAAUUCAGAGCCGCGCGUCCGAAUCCCGGGAAUAACGCCGCCGCCGCCGCCGCUGCCGCGUCCUCCGGUGCUCAGUCUAGAAGAUCCACCGGGUGGAAAUUAGCAGAAGAGCAGGCCUGCCGGGACGACGUGACCCGGCUGUGUCCAAAACACACCUGGACAAAUAACCUGUCUGUACUGGAAUGCCUGCAGGACAAGAAAGAGGAUACAGAAAUUGCUGCAGACUGCAACCAUCUGUUGUGGAACUACAAGCUGAAUCUGACCACAGAUCCGAAGUUUGAGUCCGUGGCGCUGGAAGUGUGUACGAGCACCAUGUUAGAGCUGAAAGAGUGUGCAGAUGAGGAGCGGGGGAAAGGCUAUCUGAUGUCCUGCCUGGUGGACCACCGCGCCAACAUCACAGAACGCCAGUGCCAUCAGUACAUCACCAAGAUGACCAGCAUCAUCUUCAGCGACUAUCGGCUCAUAUGUGGCUUUAUGGACAAAUGCAGAGAAGACAUCAACACCCUGCAGUGUGGAAGCAUUGCUGUCGGAGAAAAAGACCUGCAUUCUCAGGGUGAGGUGAUUGCGUGUCUGGAGAGGGCUGUGGUCCGGGAAGCAGAGCAGCAGGAUAAGGCUCGUCAAAUCAAGGAUGCCUGCAAAAAGUCCAUCAUGAGAGUGGCUGAACUAUCAGCAGACGACUUCCACCUCGACCGCUACCUCUACUUCUCCUGCCGAGACGACCGGGAGCGCUUUUGUGAAAAUACCCAGGUGGGAGAGGGCAGAGUGUACAAAUGCUUGUUCAACCAUAAAUUUGAGGAAGCAAUGUCAGAAAAGUGCAGAAACGCCCUGACCACUCGGCAGAAGCUCAUUGCUCAAGAUUAUAAAGUCAGUUACUCCCUCGCAAAGGCCUGUAAGGCCGACCUACGAAAAUACCGCUGUAACCCGGACACCAGCAUGCCUCGCGCCCGAGAGGCCAGACUCUCCUACCUCCUCCUCUGCCUGGAGUCUGCUGUUCACAGAGGCCGUACGGUGACCGGAGACUGUCAGGGUGAGAUGCUGGACUACAGACGCAUGCUAAUGGAGGAUUUCUCUCUGAGCCCUGAGAUCGUGUUGCACUGUCGAGGAGAGAUCGAGGCGCACUGCUCAGGACUGCACCGCAAGGGACGAACCCUGCACUGCCUCAUGAGAGUCACCCGCGGGGACAAGGGCACGGUGGACAACCUCUGCCAGACAGCACUCCAGACUCUCGUCCAGUCAGCAGACCCCGGUGCUGAUUACCGGAUUGAUCGUGCUUUAAAUGAAGCUUGUGAGUCUGUGAUCCAGACGGCCUGCAAACACAUCCGCAGUGGAGACCCUAUGAUUCUGUCUUGUUUAAUGGAGCAUCUUUACACGGAGAAGAUGGUUCAAGACUGUGAACACCGUCUUCUGGAGCUGCAGUACUUCAUUUCAAGAGACUGGAAGCUUGAUCCUAUCUUAUACCGUAAAUGUCAGAACGACGCGUCCAGACUGUGUUACACACCAGGCUGGAACGAGAGCAGUGAGCUCAUGCCUCCUGGCGCUGUGUUUUCCUGCCUCUACCGCCACGCUUACCGGACAGAAGAGCAGGGCAGACGGCUCACCAGGGACUGUAAGGUGGAAGUCCAGAGAAUUCUUCACCAGAGAGCUCUGGAUGUGAAGCUGGACCCUGAGCUCCAGAAACGCUGCUUGACUGACCUGGGCAAAUGGUGCAGUGAGAAGACAGACACCGGACAGGAGCUGGAGUGUCUUCAGGACCAUCUUGAGGAGCUGGUGUCAAGCUGCAGAGACGUGGUGGGCAACCUGACAGAACUGGAAUCUGAGGACAUUCAGAUUGAAGCCCUGCUGAUCCGAGCCUGUGAACCGGUCAUCCAGAGCCACUGCCACGACGUAGCUGAUAAUCAGAUAGACACGGGGAAUCUUCUGGAAUGCCUGGUGCAGAACAAACAUCAGAGGGAAAUGAAUGAUAAAUGUGCUGUGGGCGUCACUCAUUUCCAGCUUGUUCAGAUGAAGGACUUCCGCUUCUCCUACAAGUUCAAAAUGGCCUGUAAAGAAGACGUACUCAAACUCUGUCCCAACAUUAAGAAGAAGGCGGAUGUGGUCAUCUGUUUGAGCACCACAGUGAGGAACGACACUCUACAGGAUGUGAAAGAUCAGCGUGUGUCUCUCAAAUGUCGGAAACAGCUGAGAGUGGAAGAGCUGGAAAUGUCGGAGGACAUUCGACUGGAGCCUGAGCUGCAUGAUGCUUGUAAGAAGGAUAUCAACAAGCUCUGCUCCUCUGUAGCUUAUGGAAAUGCUCAGAUCAUUGAGUGCCUCAAAGAGAACAAGAAGCAGCUGUCCCAGGUGUGUCAUCAAAAGAUCUUUAAGCUUCAGGAAACUGAAAUGAUGGAUCCCGAGCUGGACUAUCAGCUCAUGAGAGUGUGCAAGCAGAUGAUCAAGCGUUUUUGCACAGAGUCGGAUGCUAAGAACAUGCUGCAGUGUCUGAAGCUGAACAAGAACAGUGAGCUAAUGGAUCCCAAGUGUAAGCAGAUGAUCACCAAGAGACAAAUCACUCAGAACACAGACUACAGAUUGAACCCAGUGUUGAGGAAGGCUUGUAAAGCAGACAUACCCAAGUUCUGUCAAAGCGUUCUCAAUAAAGCCAGUGACGCCAACGAACUGGAGGGUCAAGUCAUAUCCUGCCUUAAACUCAAGUAUGCAGACCAGCGGUUGUCUGGAGACUGUGAGGAUCAGAUCAGAGUGAUUCUUCAGGAGUCAGCGCUCGACUACCGGCUCGAUCCACAGCUCCAGGUUCACUGCAGGAAUGAGAUCAUGCGGCUGUGUGCAGAGGAAGCUGCCGCGCAGGAACAGACGGGUCAAGUGGAGGAGUGUCUGAAGAACAACCUACUGAAAAUUAAACAGGAGGAGUGCAAAACGGAGGUGUUGAACAUGCUCAAAGAAAGCAAAGCAGACAUAUUUGUGGAUCCUGUCUUGCACACGGCCUGUGCUCUGGAUUUGAAACACCACUGUGCAGCCAUCAACCCUGGAAGAGGCAGACAAAUGUCCUGUUUGAUGGAAGCUCUGCAGGACAAGCAGGUGCGUCUACAGCCUGAAUGUAAGAGAAGAUUACAGGACCGCAUAGACAUGUGGAGCUAUGCAGCGCAGGUGGCACCAGCUGAAGGUUUCUCGGACCUCGCUGCGCAAGUCAUGACGUCACCUUCGAAGAACUACAUCCUGCUCAUGACUGCUCUGGCCGUGUCCAUCCUCUUCCUCGUGGGGCUGUUGUGUGGCCGCAUCACCAAACGUGUGACCAGAGAGCUGAAAGACAGGUAGAGCGAGGAUGCCGCCCGUCCACCAUUUCACGCGUCAUUUCCUGCCCUCGCUGUUCUCUGGGAGCCGUCAGUGGACCUUCUGUGGGCAAGCCCAUCCUGCCACUGAAACCCACCUCAAUCCAAACCUUUGAAACGCUCCUCAGACAGGAUCAAGAUCGUUUUGGGACAUUAUGUCUUGAGUAUAUGUUUUUUAUUUUUGUUUUGAGAGUGACAGCCUUACUUCUUGACUGUAAAAUGGUCAUGUGUCAAUACAGUAUUUUAUCGUUGUAUCUUUUUCCAUUUUUUGACAACAAUGGGGCUUUAUUAGCAGCUUACAUGAAAAUUCGGAAGCCAUUUUUUUAUAUUUGUUUUUCACUUCAGUUUUUUAAACCACAAGGUGGAAUCACUUUGGGUGGGAUUAGUUUUUGGGUGUCUCCUGAAUGUUUUGGCACUGGGGAGCUAAGGUGGUUUUUCUAGUCUAAUAUGAAGAACUCUAAUGAUCUUGACAUGAAACGGUGGUUUUUAUUAGUCAGGACAAAGACGUUUAAGAUACGUUAGACAUUAAGUGCUAAACUUGCAAAGUAUGACAUAUUACUAGAUGGUUUGAUUAUCAAGGGCAAAGACAAACAGAAUAAUAUUAAACACGUCUUUGAGUGAAUCUCAUUAUGAUCAUGACAACUCCCCAUGACAACUUGCAUCUGCAAAUUUCAUUUUAGUCAUUUUUUGAAUUGCUGUAAUACAGUAUUUUCACUCUUUUGUUUUUUGAUUUAUUUAAAUCGACAAAGGCAGUGCAACAAAAGAAAAUAAUGUUAUGUCAUAUAAUUUUCUUUAAGCACAAUUUAAUGUUUAUUAUGGUCUGAAAUAUGACAAACAUGGUCUUGGACUGGUUUUGUGAGAUUCCCCUACUGAUAUGAGAAUUAUAAACAUCUGGUUUGCACAUUAAUAAUGCAUUAGACAUUAAAUGCUUAAUAUACGAAGAGUGCGAAAUUCAAACAGACCUGUAGCUCUGUCGGAAAGUUUAAUGAUAAAGAUGGUUUGAUUGUCCAGAGCCAAGUUUCCUGCGGACCAACGUUGUGACCGAACAGGACUGUACACCCUGUUAGAUGUAUUUUUUUCAGAGGUACUUUGAAUGUUCACAGGACGAUUGCACUUUUUUGAUGUUUUGUUAUGUUUGGCUUAAGCCUUAUUUAUUGUUUACAACAAAUGUGCUGAUCUUGGUUUCAAAUUUGCGUGCCUCUGUGCAUGCGUGCGUGCAAGCGUGUGUGUGUAGAGAUAAAUGUUUUAGAACUUAUUUCAUAGCUAUGUUCUAAUGUUGCCUUCUCUUUCUCUGUCAUACCAGUGAAAGGAAACAUUCAUUAGUCCCCAUGGAUGGUGGCUCUGUAUUUUUUCAAAGCUGAACCCACAGACAUCUCUAACAUGAAAAGAAUGACAUACUUGUCUUUUUAAUUUGUUAUUGAGUUACUCUGACAAUAACUGUGAUGAUUAUAUGCAUAACAUCUGACAUACAAAAUACAAAUGACAAACGAAUACAAAAGGUUUUUCUAAAAGUCGAUGCAUGCUUUUUUUUCCCCAGAUCUCCUUCUGUAUAACCUCAUAUCUGCUUUGCUUUGGGAAAAUGUAAUUGGGCGAUUCUCAUGAAAUCCUGUUCAGGUCACAUUUUACCCCAAAAUAAAAUUAAAAUAAUAAUAAUAAUUAAUCAGUAUUUUUACAGAUAAACCAGUUGUCAUGGAAAUAAUAAUGCAAAAACAGAAUAUAUACACACACACAUGAAAUAUGAUCAAAAUUUCAUUUUUAUUUUGCACUAUUAUUUAGAUGGGUUUUGUGGGAUUCACCCUUUCAUUUUCUUGACAAAAGCUGAACUGCUAUAGAGGAGUUUUCUAUGGGUUCAGUUGUCUAAAUCCAUGCACAUUUGUAUGUGGUGUCUCUCAAAGAGUGUGCAAAGCUCUAAGGAACUAAUUUAUCCACUGUCCUUGUAUCAAAGGGAUAGUUCACCCAGAAAUGAAAAAUCUGUCAUCAAAACCAAACCAUAUGCAUUUAUUUCUUCUGCUCAACGCAGUAUUUUGAAGACAUUUCAGUUCGAGUUAACUACUUGUAUUUUUGUCCAUACAAUAGAAGUCAAUGGGUACCAAAACAGUUUAGUUACCAAUAUUCUUCAAAAUAUCUUCUUUCGGGUUUCACUGAUAGGUUUGACACAACACUGAGUGCGAGUAAAUGAAUUUUCAUUUCUGAGUGCACUAUCCCUUUAAUAGAUUCACAAAUUUGGGAACAGAUUUGUACAUUUGAAUAUUUAGCUUCGGAGCUGGAGAGGCCACAGGUACACUGCUUACCUCUAGCAUUGAUGACCUCAAUGUUAUUCUGUAAAUAAUAGAUCUAAUGUGCAAAUCGCAGACAGUGUCCCAGAUUUCUGGUUGAUUGAAAUUUGGACUGUAUAAUUCUACUGAUCAUAUGAUCAUGUUUGACUAUAUAUUGUAGAUAAGUAAAUGUUAAAAGUUACGUUAUUCCAAAUAUAUUUCUGCUAAUUCAUGUUUUUUGAGACUGGUCAUGAUGGGCUGUUUUGGUUUGACUGGUUCAUUCUUUUUUGUUUCUUUACUAUUUUACAUAUAACUGUUUUAUAGUGGGUUUUUAUCACAUUAGACUAAAAAAAUAAAUAUAAAAAUCACAAAGCUGACAGUGAUGGGUCAUAGAUCAAAACUCAAAGUGAGCCUGUGUUCUGUUCGGUCUGGACUCUGUACUAGUGUGGAACAUAAGUGAUCCUUAAACAGUUUUGGAGGAGGUGCAUGGAAUAUCAAGUCUUUCCAACUCUUACAACUAGUAUACUUGCUUUCUCUUUUAAGAAAAAAUAAUUUAGCUUGGACAAUGUUUUUUUAAUACCUUUUUUUUUUUUAAUUGCGCACAAUUCACGUUGCCAGAGAUUUUCGGAUUCAGGCAAAAGACCGUUUUUGUUUCUUUGUGUGGAGGAGCAUCUUUUGAAGCCGAAAGCAAAAUCUGGUGACACUGCAGAUCAUAGUGCAGAGCCAGAGAUGAUCCUGCUUUGUUUAAAAUGGCCUUUCUCUGCUCCUCUGAACUGUAAGCGGCUCCAGCGUCUGCUGGACAGCAGUUUGUCAUGUUUCACAUGAACUGCAAAUGGACUAAACAUCGUAAAAAAGGUUAUGGCUGUGAUAUUUUCUCAGUUUCUUCAUUUUGCUAUGUAACAUUAAUGUGACAAAUCAGACUUUUUGUUGGUUUCCCUAAUUCUGUACAGAUAAAUGAUCAGUUUAAUAAAAUGCUGUGGAUUUUCUUAGCA